AUGACAUCCUCCAUCCCCUCUCUCGAGUUUCAGACCAAAGUCAACGAAACGUACCUACUGUCCCACCAUCAACAACUCCAUGUGCAACGGAUCAUUGGUGAUCGCAGUUGGAGUCUGUCCGUCACGGAUCCCUCGCAUCCCCACUAUGGCAAAUUGGUGUUGGACAACAACGAUAACAAUAACAAUGAUGUUGGCUAUAGCAUUCAACUGAUUGGCACCGCCAUGGAACAAUCGUGGCAGUGGGGAUGGGCCAACGAUUUGUUGUCACCUCCCGAUUUGGUGCAAGGAGUCAUUGCCGCCAAACACUCGUUGCACAAUAUUCCCGAAUUUCAAGUUCCCAAAUUCGCCCUGCCGCAUAGCGACAUGAGUUGGCAGUUAGCCAGUGUGGCAUGUACGCACAUGCCAGGAGCCCACGCCUUGUUUACGGCUCCUACCGGCACGGGCAUGUUAUUUGUGGCGAUUUGCGACGAGGAGUUUCCACCAUUGGUGGUGCGGGAUGCCCCGUCGUUGAUACGAGAUACCCUUACGGUUGUCACCGAAACGGAUGCCGUCACGGAUAUUCCCCUCGCCAUUCACUCCUUCUUGACAUCCUUGGGAGCCAUUCAGCUUUUGAAACAACAAAACGCUUGCACCUACGCCUUUCCGGCAUUGGCCGUGGGGAGUAUCCAUGUGACUUGGGAUGCAUCGGGACGUCAUCUCCAAUCCAUGACUACCACCACAACGUAA